ACGUCCCUUCCCUUGACCCUGUCGGUGGGCGUGGCCCACGCCCGUCCGGGCGGUCUCCGGGGGUGGAAGCCCGGGAUCCGUGUUGCGAGGGCGGCGGGCGCAGCCAUGCCCCGUUAUUACGAGGACAAGGUGGAGGGCGGCGCGUGCGCGGGCGUGAAGGAGGACCUGGGCGCUUGUCUACUGCAGUCGGCCUGUGUGCUCCAGGAAGGAAAAUCCCCACGGCAGUGUUUGAAGGAAGGAUACUGCAGAGCUUUACAGUAUUCAUUUUUUGAGUGUAAAAGAUCAAUGUUGGAUACCAGAUCAAGAUUCAGAGGAAGAAAAGGAUAUUGAUAACAUUAUAUUGAAGCAAGAUGAAAAUUACCCCGGAUUUUCUCUGGUCCUUAGCAGAAAAGAGCCAACGUAGGAAAAGUAGCUGCUGCAUCUGCUUGACAUCUGGACCAGGAUUUCCCUUCAGAGAACACUAAAGAAAAUGGAUAAGUGCUGUUUCUGAAUGAUUCUGUCAUAUGAAGUCAUUUAUAGAAGAUACAUUUGAUUGAACAAGUAUGGGCUAAGAGUUUAAUGUGUUUUGGGAAUUAAUUCAGGAGGUCAUAAUGUGACUGACACAAUUAGUACCGUAGAACCUGUUGUCAGAGUUCUUCUAAUCUUAUUUGUUUCUUGGUUUCAAUUUAAUCCAGCUAUCUCCUCAUAAUGGGUAAUAUCAACCUAAGUCCACAUCUUAAGAUCUUUGUAGCCCAAAAAGGAGUGUGUGGGCCCACAAAUCACAUCCUACUGAAGCACUCUGGUCUUUUCUGGGUCAUGCUCCUACUCCAACCUUUGUGAUCUUGGCUAGAUCUUGAUGUGUACUGUGCCUACUCCACUCGCAAUCUUAUUGGAUGAGUUAUGGGCCUCAUCCCUAAACACUGGUUUUCCUUUUCAAUCUCAUGCUAUCUUUGAAGCACACUGUUUUUAUGCUGUUUGUUUGUUUUGGGUUUUGGAUUUUUGUUUUGUUUUUCAAGCCAGGGUUUCUCUGUGGCUUUGGAGGCUAUCCUGGAACUUGGUCUGUAGACUAGGCUGGUCUGGAAUUCACAGAGAUUCACCUGCCUCUGCCUCCCCAGUGCUGGGAUUAAAGGCUCGUGCCACCAACACCUGGCAACUAAGCACACUAUUUUUAUGUGUUGCCCUUACGUGUUUUAGGGACUGGGUCUUAGGCCAGGCUGGCCUGGAACUCACAAUGAAGCCUUGAAUUGGAGUUUAUGGGUACAAACCACCAUGCUUGGCUUAAAGAACAAAUUUUUUUUUUGGUUUUUAUGAGACAGGGUUUCUCUGUAUUGUUUUUGAGGCUGUCGGUCCUGCCCAGCCUCAAACUCACAGAGUUAAAGAACAGUUUUAAUUUGGGUAAAUUACAAUGUUUCUUUUUUCUUUCAGUGUGCUGUAAGAAACCAUCUUAAAUUUACCAGCCCAAACUUACAGAAACUUACUCCUAUGUCUUCAUUGAAGGGUUUUAUAAUUUUAUCUCCCAUCCAUAGGCCUGGGCUUGCUUUCAAAAUAAUUUUAUAUACCUUAUUUGUAGCUAUAUUUCAAGUUAUUAGUUAAAUAUAAAUAACAGAACCUAGCAUCUUAAAGUGUAUAUAUAGGUUAAUAGUGUUUAGUGCAUUCACACUUGAGUGCACAGUCUGCAGUAGAAUUCUUCACUCUCCUCACAAAAUGUAAAGUGUGCCUUCCCUACCUUACUCUUGGCAUGCUCUCUAUAGUAUGACCAUUCUAUUUCCUGUGUCUGAAUUUGAGUACCCUAAGUGCCUGGUAUGAAUGCAAUCUUAGCAUGUGGGUUUUUUCAGGGAUGGGAUGAGGACUGGCUAAUUUAAUUUUAGCAAAAUACCCUCAAGGUUCAGUCAUUGUGUAUAGUGUAGUUCCUUCCUUUGUAAUAUGUUCCUUAUCUUGUUACCUACUAAAUCAGCAGUGGAUACUCGGUUGUUUCCACUUUUGAGCUCCUGACUAUUGCUGUGAACAUGUAUAUACAAGUAUCCCUGACCACCCCCCCCUUCAGUUGUAGCAGUCUGUGUUAUAGGGCAAUUCUAUUUUGAGGCACUGUCAUACUUUUUGCAGCAGCCACACUAUUUUAUAUUCUUGUAAGCAGUACACAAGGAUUGUUACAAAUGUCCUAUAACCUUGUCGAUUUAUUUCCUAUUCUUUUUUAGUGGCCUAGAAUGGCCAUUAGAAUAUGGAUGUGAAUGUAUACCAGUGAUUCUGUUUGGCAUUUCCCUGAUUAGUGAUGUCACAUGUUUUAUAUGCUUGUUGCCUUUUACAUAUUGCUUAAGGAAAUCUUUUUAGGUCCUUGCCCAUUAAUAGUGGGUAGUUGACUCUGGCUGAGUUUUUGGUAGUCAUAUCCACAAAAGUAUUGUCCCACCCAGUGGAGCUAAUUAUAGCUUGCCUUGGGGAAUUAGUUUUAGCUCUUAGCUUUGCUCUUUGAUCCAUUUUGAGUUAAUCUUGUGUGUAAUGUAAGUUAAGGGUCUGACUUCCCAUUCUUCUCAUGUAGAUAUCUAGUUUUCCACAUUGCCCUUUGGUGGGAAAACAUUCCACCAUGCAGAGUAUAGCUGUUUCUAAGCCCCAGUCUUGUUUUUGGCUUCUGUCUGUCUUCAUGCCAAUGCUACUGUUUAAUUACUGGAACAUAAUAAAAAUUGAAAUCAGAAAA